AUGAACGCGCUUGGCCCCGAACAGCAGAUGGAGAUCAUCGGCGUGUGGGAGACUUUUCGCGACGACCCGGAGGCGUGGGUGGCGAUCAUCACUGGCGAAGGCGACCGUGCUUUCUGUGCCGGUGCCGACCUCAAGACCUACACGCCUGUGCUGGGCGAGCGCGACAUUUACGACCUGAGGCAGGACGCCGACCGUCCCGGCUUUGGUGGCAUUACCCGGGGACUCAAUAUAUGGAAGCCCAUCAUCGCAGCGGUAAACGGCUAUGCGCUGGCUGGCGGACUGGAGCUGGCCCUGGCCUGCGACAUUCGCGUUGCCUCUGAAAACGCUGUCUUCGGUUGUUCGGAGGUGCAGAGAGGAUUCCACCACUGCGAUGGUGGAACGGUGCGUUUGCCGCUCAUCGUCGGCCUGGGCAACGCGCUGCGGAUGCAACUGACCGGCGAACAUAUCGGUGCAGCCGAGGCGCACCGCAUCGGGCUGGUGAGCGAAGUGGUACCUAUGGAGCAGCUCAUGCCGGCCGCGGAGCGCUAUGCCGGAGCCAUCUGCGCCAACGGACCGCUGGGUGUGCGGUCGGCCAAGGAAUCGAUGAUACGCAGCCUGGGCCGUGCACUGGAAGACGCUCUACGGUUCGAGAACGUGCUCUUUGCCACCCUCACGCGCACCGAGGACUUUUGCCGAAGGUCCUCGAGCGUUUACGGAAAAACGUCCUCCGGUCUGGAAGGGCCGGUAGCCAUACCGGUGAACGAUAGAUCGGGCUCCCGGACCCUUUCUCAGAGAAAGCUGAUCUUUAACCUGGAGGUAUGA